AUGCAACAGCCGCCAAUGCAAUUCUACUCGUCUACUACCACGACGACUACUACUACAGCCAGCGAGGGUGGUGCGACCAGCGGUGCACAAGUGAUUGACGCUGCAAUGACUUCUGCCGUAACAUCGCUCAUGAACGGUGCCAAUGGCAUCCACACCAUGCAGCAGCAUCCAGUCUCCUCACGUGAAAGUGCAUUGACUCAAUUGCAUCCCAAACGAAAGCAGGUCAAGAAUGCUUGCACCAACUGCCAAAAGGCAUGCAAAAAGUGUGACGAUGCGCGACCUUGUCCUCGCUGUAUCAAGUAUGGAAUUACAGAAACCUGUGUGAAUUCAGUGCGGAAGGAGCGCAAGAAGGGGAUCAAGCGUGGCCCUUACAAGAGAAGAACAAAAGAAGAGGAAGAAGCCAGCGGGUCUCGACCUCACAAAAGCAGCAAGCAAGACGGCAGCAACGACGAGAAGGAGCACGAUGACCAAGAACGGGCGGCGUCAGGAACAGCAGCCGCAAGCCAGUACGAAGCAAUGCGCCCGCCAAACGUGCCCUAUGGCUAUCCGAGCAACCUGAACCAGUAUGCACAGCCGUAUGAUGCAGCAACAGCAGCAGCAGCAGCCUAUGGCCAGUAUGCUGCAGCCUACCACAACAAGGAUCAGAUGAUGUCCAACCCGUAUGUUGCCAUAUACCAUUCCAUGGGCUACCCCGUGCCCUUGCCAGCAGCGAAUAGUGACCACCAUCACCAUCACCAGCAUCAUCAUCAUCGGGACAACAGCAGUGAGCACCAACAGCAAGACGGGCAUGUCAAACGGGAAGAUGACGAUGACGACAACGACGGCGAGAAUGACGGUGGCCGCAAUGAAGCUGGAGAGGGAGAGCAGGAAGACAAGGAUGCUGCAGACAGUGCCACUGCUCCUGCUUCGUCUGCCAUCAAGAAAGAAGCACAGGACGGCAAAGGACAGCGGUCCAGCACACCUGUGCCCAGCACAUCCACCUCGCCUGCUACGACCUCAUCACCUGAAUCCGCUGAAGACGACGAUGCUGCCAAACUCCACCAUCUCCAGCGUCUCACCGAGCUAUGCACUGCUGCUCUCAGCCAAAGCAAUCAAUCGCGUGCUGCUGAGUAG